GCCGCGGGCUGGUUUCCGCUUCCGGGUCACGCUGCUUUGUGGCGCGCUCUUGAAGCUCCGCGGUCGCCAUGGAGUUGGUGGGAGAGUACGUGGGGCCGGACGGGCAGCCGCAGAGGCUGCGGGCGCCGUGUGAGCUGCCGGGUGACGCCGACCCCCUCGAGGGCCUGCUGGCGGGCGCGGCCCAGAUGAGGGAGCUGGUGUCCGAGCUCUUGGGCCCGCUGGUGCAGCGGGAGACGCGGGACCGCGUGGCGGCGGCCGGAGACGAGGCCUCGGAUGGUGGUGAUGAAGAUGAUGCAGAAGAUGAAAAUAACAUUGAUAACAGCACUAGUUCAGGUGGACCAUCUGCAAAACGACCAAAGCCAUCAUCAUAACAGUAGCUCUUAGGAGGUUUUAAAAACUGCUGCUCUGUCCUCACUGUCCCUGGCCUUUAAGGAAGACUUGUGCUCUACUUGGAAAGGCAUUUGUUUUUCUUUCCCAGGACAUUUUUGCCAAAAAGAAAACUGUUUCUACUGCAGAAAGAUAAAUAAGUGUUUAGAAAUGAAGUUUGUUUUCUCAAGUAAGAAAUAAAAUUCAGGCCAUGGAACAAUAAUAGAUUACUUAAUAAUGUAUAAAACCCUCUAAGUUGGCAACUGAAUUUUUAUUUUGUUUUUAAAACAGCUGUUAAAUUGUGAUGUCUACAUCUUUUAGCUUCUGUUGUAAAAAGUACAGGUCAUGCUUCAUGGGCAGUAACAUUUCAAGGAACUGACGUGGGCUAAGUGAUGCCUGUUGGACAUUAGAUGACAUGCUGUCAGUUUCUUAUAAGUAGAAGGAAAAUAAGAGAAUAAAAAAUACUGACGUGAAAGAAGAGUCUUGAGAGAGCCCCGUGGAAAUUUUGAAUUCACACCUACACCGGUUGUGAAGACAUCCCAAGAUGACCCUAUUCCGUGGACAUGGACCGCUGUUCUGAUGUGUCUUGUAUCUUCAGAGAGACAGAUGGCAUGUGUUUUUGUGCUCUGAUGUGUUAUAUGUACAAGGACAAAUAUAAUGCCUUAAGUAAACAAGUAAACAAUCUGUGUUGACGAUAA